GCUCAGCGGGGUAGCGGAUACUGAGAACUGUGCGACAAAUUAGCAGAAAUUAAUAAUUUGGCCGCAGUCUAGUGAGCAGCUUGAUAAAAUGAGGUCAGAUGAGAAUUAGAAGAAUUGUGCUAAGUAACAGGCGGGACAAAAACAUACUGCAGAAAGAAUUGACAAGAAUACCGCAGUUUUUUUUCCGCUGAGGGAACCACGAAGACUUAAACAGUGGGUAGAUCAGAUGAGAUGGAAAGCAUGGAAACCAACGAGACACUCCAGAGUGUGUGCCGAACAUUUCGAGGAGAAGUACCUGAUAACAUCUGGGCAAGGUGUUCGUUUAAGCCCUGAUGCUAUUCCAACUAUAUUUUCCUUUCCUAGUGAGUUCCAGAAAAAGAAAAUAACUGUAACAAGGAAAAGAGUGACACUGUAUGCUGAGGAUCAGAUUCAAGGGGAGGUGCCCACGGCACCAGCUAAUCCAAGGAACAUUGGUUCAAAUUCAGCAGGAUUGAAGGAGACUCACAGCUACUUGGACCACAGUAUAUGGCAUCCAAGUCGUUUCCAUGACGAUUACUGUGUACCACAGAGUAUUGGCUGGGCUGUAAAUGAUGAACCAAAUGAAGUCCCACCUUCAGCUUUACAAAAGCAAGGACUGAUCUUCAUCCCCAAGCUUGCAAUCAGGAUCAAGGAGAAAUGGGAAUGGCUAUCUAUGGAAGUGAAAGGUCCAUUUCGAGAGACAGAAAUUGGACACACAUUUGUACUAACUGUGAUGGACUAUUACUCAAAAUGGGUGGAAGCGUACCCCAUGAAAACCACCAGCAGUAAAGAGAUUGCCAAAAUUAUUUCAGACCUCAUCUCUCGCUUUGGCUUCCCUGUUGGAAUCCUGUCUUAUUUGAGUAUUACAUUGAUUGUAGAGAUUAACGAGGCCUUGAGUGAUCUGAAAAACCUGAUAUGCCAAUUUAUAUGCUACUCUCCUUCGGGGUUGUCACUGGAUCCAGUGACAAAGUCCCUUACAGACCGGUUGGUACAUGCUGUCACCAGAUUGAAAAAGCUUUCUGAUAGUUGUUCAUGGCUGGUGUCAGAUUUGGUGAGGGAUCACCCUGAUCGCUGGGACGUUCACCUGGCUGCCAGUGUGUUCAGCUUCUGCUGCCAGGAGCACCCAACCACCGGACAGACACCACUCUCUCUGCUGCGCUGUGGGGGGACUCCGUCUGUCUCCAUCUCACCAAGAAGGCCGACUGAUAACGGGAUAAAAAAGACAUUUGUCAUACUAGAGGCAGAGCCUCCUGCAAAAGAGGUCUGUGUGCAUUGUAGUCAGUGCUCAGAAUGGAUCUUGCUCAGUCAGGACAUGGAGCUGAAGAGAUAUGAAGACAUGAAACUAGGGAAUGAGGACUACACACACACACCUGUGUCAGCUGCAGGGUGGCUAUGAGCUGCAGGGUAGCCCUGGAGGUCAUGAAAAGUUAGCAGACCGGAAGAUUUACAAAGAAGAAGAGGGAAUGAAAAUAUGGAGAAAAUAAUUGAAAUGUUGGAAACAAAGUAUCGGUGAAGGAAAACAAUAAAAUGAGUCGGGAAAGUGGGGGUUCAGAAAUGUAAAAUGUAUAUAUUUAUAUAACGUGCUCUAAAUUUGCUGAAUUAAGAUUGUAUUACCUUGAGAAUGUCUUAAUAAAAUAAACAUUUAUUUGAA